AUAACACAACACAUUAACUUUUUAAUUCAAUUCACUUUGCAACCUGUAUUCAUUCAAUGCAAUAUCCAAUCAAUAACCGAUUAUUAUUCUAAACAAUAACUAACAUCACUAGUAGUAAUGGCGACUUAUGUAAUAGUGCUGAUAUUUACCGUAAUCGCAUUGUCAGAUGCUUUGGAAUCUACAAUAAACAAUGAAGAAGAUAUUAAAAAGGUUAUGGAAUUGUUUUUCAAAAAAAUACCAGAUGUAGGUAAUAAAUACGUUAUCAACGAAGAUUUAUCAAAAACAAUAUCAAAUUAUUUUCAUGGUAAAGUAAACGCGUUCCCGCUAUUUAAAAUUAACAUUAAAGUUGAUCGAACUCCGGUUAAAAUACCAUGGACUUUAGAUCAAGCAGAACCACCGAACGAAAAGCCAAUGAAGAAAAAAUAUAAAUAUAUAAAACGCAAGCAGAUGACGAAAUCUGAAUAAAAAUACGAUAAUCUGUGUAUA